AUGUCCUCUAGUCCAGCCAGUCCAGGAGGCAGUCGACCGGGGACCGCGCGACAACGUUCCGGUAGCGAAGCGCCCUCGAACCGACCGCUUUCGAUCGACAUCUCCUCAAGCCGGCCAGACAUCAGGGAGCGGUCGCAAUCGGUCUCACACGACGACGGACAACACGCAAAAGCUUCCGACACAGGGUUCGAUAGCAUCGAUCGAGUUUUCCCCAUCCGAUCGGUCGUCUCAGUUGAUCCAACAGCUACACAGCCACGGGGUCCGAUCUCGCCUGUUCGAGAGGGGGCUCGCCAAUACCCGAUCAUCUCCGCCCAAGCCUGGAACGAGUUGCAAUCUAACACUCCCCCGCAAAUUCAAUCCCAACCGCAGUCACAAUGCCAGUCACCACCGCCGUUAUACCCCUCCGUUGAAACGAAUCUAGAGCCUACAAUCCCUGCCGACGUUCCCCGCCACGAGACCUAUGCCACAAAUGAUAAUGUUGAGUUGGGCACACACUCCAUGGCAUCCGAGGUGGCUCAACAUCCGGAAAUAUUUGCUAGGGUGAAAAGUGGAACUCACUCGGGGGUUGGUUCUGCAAGACAUUCGGAACAGCAGCAAAAUCAGCCAAAAGCAGAGCCACAAGCACCGUCACCUCAUUCACAAGAUGAGCAGUAUGGGCAUGUCACUGCACGCUUCAAGCAUAUAGAGACUGAAGGGGGACACGCAGUUAUCACCGGAAGGGACGGGGAGGCAUUUCAGUAUUGCGAAGACGAGCCGAUCCGAUUCCCGGGCGCUGUGCAGUGUUUUGGUCUGAUGAUUGUGAUGAGAGAGGAGUCGGCAAAUCAACUUGUCGUUCGCAUUGUCAGUGAAAAUUCCACCCAAAUCAUGGGUUACACACCAAAACAGCUUUUCGAGCUUCAGAAUUUCUGCGACGUCUUGAGCGACGACCAGGCAGACGCCUUGCUAGAUCACAUCGACUUCGUUCGAGACGACGCCUACGACCCAAUUAUCGAUGGCCCCGAGGUCUUCAUCUUGUCAAUACCUCUUCCUUCUGGAGGUCAACGUCGAUUUUGGUGUGCCGCCCAUGUCAGCCAGUCUCAGAAGGAUAUGAUUAUAUGUGAAUUUGAAAUGGAAGACGAUGAGGUCAAUCCAUUGAACGUGGCUGGACUUUCAACCCCAGCCGUUCCAAUCGACACAUUGAAGGGCAUGCCAACCGCAGAACAGUUUGCUGCUAGCACCAUUAACAUCAGCCAGCCACUUCGCGUUCUCCGCCACGCCAGAAGGCGAAGGGGUGAAGCAGCGGCAAUGGAUGUGUUCAGCAUGUUGACCCAGAUCCAAGAACAGCUUGGCCGGACCACCGACUUAGACCAAUUGCUCAACGUUGCUACUGGUCUAGUCAAAGAGCUAACUGGAUUUCACCGAGUUUUGAUCUAUCAGUUUGAUAGCAGCUGGAAUGGACUUGUCGUGGCUGAGCUGGCCGAUCCGAAAGCCUCAAUUGAUCUUUACAAAGGACUUCACUUCCCUGCAUCCGAUAUCCCCGCCCAAGCCCGCGAGCUAUACAAGAUAAAUAAGGUUCGUCUCUUAUACGACUGCGACCACGAGACUUCGCGCCUGGUUUGUCGGACGAUGGAGGAUCUGGAGACUCCUCUGGACAUGACACAUGCGUACCUGCGAGCCAUGUCUCCUAUCCAUAUCAAAUACCUGCGUCACAUGCAAGUGCGAUCAUCAAUGUCCAUCAGUGUGAGUGCCUUCAACGAUCUAUGGGGGCUUAUAUCAUGCCACUCCUAUGGUAGUCAGGGUAUGCGCGUCUCGUUUCCGGUUCGGAAAAUGUGUCGUCUUCUUGGAGAUACUGUUUCUCAAAACAUCGAGCGGCUUUCGUACGCAUCUCGACUUCAAGCUCGGAAGUUGAUUAACACGGUUCCCACCGAAGCUAAUCCCUCUGGUUAUAUCAUUGCCUCGUCUGAUGACUUGCUGCAACUAUUCGGCGCAGACUAUGGUGCUCUCUCGAUCCGGGACGAAACCAAAGUCCUGGGUGAUAAUGAACACUCGCAAGAAGUUCUUGCCCUGCUGGAAUUUAUUCGAAUGCGACAAAUCAGUUCGGUGAUGGCGUCACACGACAUUAUCAAAGACUUCCCUGAUUUGUAUUACCCACCGGGCCUUAAGGCAAUCUCUGGAAUGCUCUAUGUGCCGCUUUCGACUGGCGGAAAUGACUUCAUAGUUUUCUUCCGCAAGGGCCAGCUCACAGAAAUCAAGUGGGCAGGAAAUCCCUACGAUAUUGCCAAAAAGAAAGCCACGGCAGGGUAUCUGGAGCCUCGCAACAGUUUCGCAGCGUGGCGGGAAACCGUCCUGAGUCAAUCGCGGGAGUGGUCUGAAUCCGAUGUCGAGACAGCUGCAGUCUUGUGCCUUGUUUACGGGAAGUUCAUCAAGGUCUGGCGACAGAAAGAGGCUGCCAUGCACAAUUCUCAACUCACCAAGCUCCUCCUUGCCAAUUCUGCCCACGAGGUUCGCACACCUCUGAACGCCAUCAUCAAUUACCUCGAGAUUGCGCUGGAAGGAACUCUCGAUGCCGAGACCCGUGACAGUUUGACGAAAUCGCACUCGGCGUCUAAGUCACUGAUUUACGUUAUCAAUGAUCUCCUGGAUCUGACGAAUAUGGAAAAGGGCCAGGAGCUCAUCAAGACCGAAAAAUUCGACCUUGAGGCGACUUUUCGAGAGUCGAGCGAUAUGCUUGCUGGUGAGGCAAAGAGGAAAAACAUCUCAUAUUCCGUUUCUGUCCAGCCGGGCAUCCCUCCACUAUUGAUCGGCGACCAGCGACGCUUGCGCCAGGUGUUUUCCAACCUCAUAUCGAACGCGAUCCAACAGACUGUCUCUGGAGCGGUUACCGUGGAAUUGUGGCCUUCUGCGACCCAGAAUCUGGAAGACCAUUGCGCCAUUGAAAUGAUGGUAAUUGAUACCGGGGCAGGUAUGUCUAAGGAGAAGCUGGAAGCUAUGUUCCAAGAGCUCGAGCAGGUCUCGACUGAUGCAGAUUACUGCGAUGAGGAACAUGAAACGGAGGAGACGCCCGAGACCCCACAGAGCGGAUCUCGACAGGUUCUUGGUCUAGGCCUUGCGCUGGUAGCGAGGAUUGUUCACAACAUGCAGGGUCAACUGGGCGUGAAAUCCGAAGAGGGUAAGGGAAGCCGUUUCAAGAUCAUGUUGCAGUUCAAGUUGCCAGAGGGAGCCGAGCCGACACAUCCCAGUGCACCAAACAUCUCAACACAACCCGUUACUGUCCCAGCUACGCCUAUAAUAUCAGACCGAGAGUUCACUCUUGUCGGGGGUGUUGCUGAGAGCCGUGAUGUUCGCCGACGAAGCACCGAGAGUCUGCGAAGCGGAAAUAGCUCUCGCAGUGGGAAGAGUCAGAAGAGUCAGGCCGACCGACUGAUCAGCGCUAUGAAGGAGACCCCGUUCACCAAAUCUCGAAGCGAGAGUAUGGACAGUAAGCAUGUGAGGUUUCAGCCAACCAGUCCUGCAAUUAGCAGCCAUAUAUCGCCACCCAUGUCGUCCUCUUCGCUUAGUGAGCCGCGGUUGUCGAACUCACAGAAUCCGCUCGCGAGCCUGGGUAUUGUCACACAUACCCCUCCAAUGACAUUGCAAGCCUUGAAGACCCCUCCCACUCCAGGCACAGCGAAUAUCCAAGAUUCAGGAGUUCCGAUGGGCGCUGUUCGCGUUUCCGAACGUGUCUUGAAACAAGCCUUGCAGCAGAAAGAGGAACAAUCCUACUUCCCCCGCAUGCCAAUUCCGGAAGUCGGCACCGCCCAAACCAUAUCAUCCAACAUCCCAUCUUCCACCACUCCGACCUCGAUCGUACCGGCCAACACCGGAAUAUUGCGCGUCCUCGUCGCGGAGGACGACCCCAUCAAUUCCAGGAUCAUCCACAAGCGCCUCACGAAGUUGGGCCACACGGUCGAAUUGACUGGCAACGGCGAGGCCUGUGCGAAUGCCUUCUGUUCGAAUAGCAAGGGCUUUGAUGUUAUCAUGAUGGAUAUACAGAUGCCCAUCGCAGAUGGAUACGCAGCCACUCGAAUGAUCCGCGAAUACGAAGUAAACGUCACCCCCGAAGCUUUCUCCGAAAAAGCCAAGCUAAACGCCCGAGUCCCCAUCUUCGCGGUAUCUGCCUCGCUGCUCGAGUCGGAAUGCCAGAAGUACAUUGAUGUCGGGUUUGAUGGCUGGGUCAUGAAACCAAUUAAUUUCGCCAGACUGAAUGUUCUUCUGAGCGGCCUUGUCGAUCUUGAUGCCAGGAAGGGCGCGACUUAUACCCCGGGUGAAUGGGAGAAUGGAGGCUGGUUUGAUCGUAGCUGA